CUCCCCUGGGGUGGGGGGAGGAUCAAGGGGGAGCCGCAGGCCGCCGCCAUCUUGUGAGUGAGGAGGAGCCGAAAUCACCGCGGGGGCGCCGCCAUGAACCCGGAGUACGAUUACCUGUUCAAGCUGCUGCUGAUUGGAGACUCUGGUGUGGGGAAGUCCUGCCUCCUGCUGCGAUUUGCUGAUGACACCUACACAGAGAGCUACAUCAGCACCAUUGGGGUGGACUUCAAAAUCCGGACCAUCGAGCUGGAUGGCAAAACCAUCAAACUACAGAUUUGGGAUACUGCUGGUCAGGAGCGGUUCCGGACCAUCACCUCCAGCUACUACAGGGGGGCGCAUGGCAUCAUUGUGGUGUAUGAUGUAACAGAUCAGGAGUCCUACAGCAAUGUGAAGCAGUGGCUGCAGGAGAUCGAGCGCUAUGCCAGUGAGAACGUCAACAAGUUGCUGGUGGGCAACAAGUGUGACCUCACCACGAAGAAAGUAGUGGACUACACCACUGCCAAGGAAUUUGCAGACUCCUUGGGCAUCCCAUUCUUGGAGACCAGCGCCAAAAAUGCCACCAACGUGGAGCAGUCAUUCAUGACCAUGGCUGCUGAGAUCAAGAAGCGCAUGGGCCCUGGUGCCACCACUGGUGGGGACAGACCAAACCUCAGAAUCGACAGCACUCCAGUCAAACCAGCAGGCGGAGGCUGCUGCUGAGGCCCAGGACUGAGGGAUAGGGUGGGGAGGGGAGGGGACCGUCCAACCCAGUGCUAUCCAGCACCCUCCUACUGUGGAGUAGCAACUUUCCCGGAUGAUACCGUGCAGGGGGACGGGACCUCUCGGGUGGGGUGGUGGUUUGGGUUUUCUGCCUGUGUUAAUUACUUACCCUUGUUGAGUAUGUGGUGGGGGCAGACCUGCAAGGUGUGCUCUCCCACCCAUGAGAACUUCCCUCUAUGCAGCCUCUUGCCUCGGUCCUUGAUGCCUGAUGGCUGGCAGGAUUCCUGGCUCCUUCUUGUGGGUUCUCUGCUCCCCUCCCCUUCCUGCUGGGUGCAUGGAGCUGCUCCCAUCUCCACCCCCAGCCUCUGCUCUCCUCCUGCCUGCAGCCCCCUUUUCUCCAGUUCCAGGUGGGGAUCUGUUAGGCGAUGAGCCUAUCACAUCUCUUCCCGGAAAGGCUCCUUCCGGUUAAGCUUGAGCCAAGGCAGGCUGGAGCAAUUCUGCUGCCUGGUACCUGGUUUCCAUGGGGCAGUUGCAUGUCACUAGCAGAAUAAUGGAGGUAGGAGCAUAGGCCCCUCUGAACAGCUCAAGCUGCUCACCACUGGGCUGUGCACCCUGCCUCCACUCAGGGGGUCUGUGUCCUCUUUCCGUGUCUUUUUUCAUUUCUCUUGCUCCCAGUGGCACAGACACUUCUGUUUAAUCCCCUCUGCUGCAACUUGGGGUCCCUUUUCUUCCCAUGGCCUUGUUCUAGUUCAAUAUUUAUACCCCUGCUGCAGACCCUCCCACAGUGCUGCAGAGUGGCUGUGACACAGGGCUGGCCCAGGAACGCUGAGCAGAGCCUGAUACCAUCACUCCACCUCUGUCCCUUGGCUUCCUCUCCUCGCCCGUCUGAGGCUACAUCCCAGUGCUCCCCAGCCACAUGGGGCAGUCAGCUGUCCCUGGGCCACCCCAUACCAGGCCCACUGAAUGUAUUCAGGGUAGCAUGGACAGUCAGGGGCCUUAGAACUUAGCAGAGGCCUGUCGGCUGCUUGAUCAGCCCCUUCCCCAGGGCUCUUCCUGGCUCGGGAGCUCCCAGCACCUCAGCCUUCAGGGGGCUAACGCACUGAGCAGCUGUCCUGCUUCCCUCUAGCUGGGAAGUUCUUGCACUUUCUGUGGGGCAAGUGCAUGGGGGCUGGGGGUUCCACUCUUCAGCAUCAGCCCUUCUCAGCAUGACCAACCCCCAGCCCUGGCAAGAAGGGGAAGCUGGUGGCCUGAGUGCAUAUCCCUUUGCUGUGCCCAGCCCGCCCACCCCAACUGCCUGGCCUGGCCAUGGCCCUGUUUAGGGUAGUGGGAGGAGCCAGCUGGAUGGUUCAUUUGUUUGCUUUUUUUUCCACCAGUGACAUUAUUUAAAAAAAAAAAAAUGGAACAAAAAAAAUUCCCAAAAUAAAGGUGAGUGCCUCUGCGGGGAGGCUCCCGCAGCCUGCACCCUUCUUCCUGUGAGCAGGCCUGCUGGGGUGUGCACCACCAGAACGGUGGGAGGCACAUGAGCUGGGCCAGGUGCCCCUUCCCGCCCCCGCCCCCACCCCCCCCCGGAUCAGGCAGCCCUGGUACAGUGCAGGCACUGUUCAGCCCCCUGCCUAGGGUCCCCCAGCUAGACUGAGCUCAGCUGAACUGGGCACCUUCUGACUGAGGGAAGGAAGCCAGUUGGGCAGGCAUUGUAUUGUUAGGACUGACCCCCCUUUUCUCCCCCCUGCCCCCCACCAGUGCACUCCCUUUCCUGGCUGUGUACCUGCUAUUCUUGCCCUAUGGGGCUUCCCAGAGCUGAGCUCAGCUGCCUGUGGCUGCCAUGGAGCACGGCAGUGUCCUUGUGCUGAGAACUCCCCUGCCAUUUUGGAAGACUCAAAGGUGAGGGAGAGAGAGUGCAUCCCCUUGACCCAGCUUUGGGUUCAAUUUUAGAGCGGGGCAGGUGUAUACCUGCCAAAGGGUGAGGGGGAGCAAAAUUGCAAUUCUGGCCUAGACUGUUGCAGUAGCAGGAGUGCUGGCCUGUUGCACCUGGCUACAGAGCUGGGGAUGUUUUGGGGCAACUAUCUCCCCCGAGCAGUGGGGCAGCAUCUUGCAUGCUUGCUAGGGAUGACCCCCUCUCCUGCUUGUCAGAUGCUGAUAAUUCUUUCACUGCCAUGUGUGGCCCAUGGGAGACUUGCCCCUGCUUCACUGUGAGGCAGAGGACUGGAUAACUCACCACCUUUGGGAGUCCCUAGGGUUCUGGUGUCUGUGUUGUGGUGAGACCUGCUGGGGAUAGAUGUUACUGAAAGUGUGUGGGGGCAGGGGGGUGGUGGUGGCAGGAAUUGGCUCUCAGGCCUUGCCAAGUUGCAGGGCUGCAGGAGGGACAUGAGCCCUCACAUGAACUUGCUAGAGGCUAUGCCCCCUUUUGGAGCAGUGCCUAACUCUUCCUUGCAGAGUAAGUUUUAGGCUGUUGCGAGGGUGGCCUACAGAACUUUGGGGCUUGGCUCUGACUAGGUAAGAUUCCCCUAAGCAUCUUGCACUGUGCUCUCUGCCCACUAUGUGGGCUGGGCCUAAGGCUGUAUAUGGCACCUCUUCCUGAGGGUGGGUGAGAGGGGCUGUUUCCCAGGACAUGCCAGGUAUGCUUCUGCUCAUGUGUCUCCUGAGUUGGUUCAUUGUGCACCCAGCAGCUUGCCCCUCUAAGUGGGCAUGGCCCAGAGGGCUGCCUUGCUGUGGUGUCUGGCAGUGUCCUCUCUGGCCUUGGGUUGGGCGUCCCGUCAGCUCCCACUGUGGUGUUGGCUUGGACCACAAUCUCUACGCCAAGCAUCAUAAGUAGGAUCUCUGUGCUGUCUGCUCUUGAUGUGGGGUGAGGCUCUGGCAUAUCACACCUUCCCCUACCCUGCCUGCCUUAACUGUAUCUCACUGAUCUCCACUAGUUGGUGGUUUGUGUGUACAGGUGUGUGGUAAGCUUGCUGCAGCCCCUGGCAGGUUCUUUAGUGACAUGGGCAGAGAGGACAGUGUAUAACUCACAUAGAGGAAAUCGCUGCACCCUUAACACAGCCCUAGUCCUGCCCUUCGUUGCUGUACCAGUGUUUGACUUGCUUCCCUGUGGCAGGGGGUCAGGGCUGGUCAGCACUGGAUUGGUACCUGCCCCUGAGCUUGGGAAUGGGCUGAGUGGGUGAUAGACCUGCAUCAGCCAAUGCUGCCUGGGUCUGGGUGUACCUUUGGGGUAGGGGCCCCUAUAUGUAACCUGCUAAGUGAGGUCUGGAAAAUGCACAUCUCUAGCUGGGCCCUGCAAUUGCCCUGCUGUGGCUUUGCCCCCCUCACUGCCAGGGCAAAGUGUUCACUUUGCCCUUCCUCCCCCUAGGCUGGGGGCUGGAUCUGCCACCACAAGCAGCACCAACUUGGGAGGAUCUGGGACAGGAUGUGGGGAAUUAGGGCAGCAGCUGGGGGAAGGGGCAGGACCUUGCCCAGCCAGGUACUUCAACUGUCUGGGAACUUCUGCUCCCAACCUGGGUCCCCCAGGGCAGGGAGAGUUUAUAAUCCAGAGUCAGCCCAGGUCCUGCCUCGCUAUCUGUCCCCUGUGUGGGUGCUGCUUCCCAGCAUGGGGCAGAGAGCUGUGCCCCAGCUGGAGUAUGCCUGUAUUUGACAGGUGCAUGUGUGCUGCUAACGCCAUUUCUGUACCAAGGGCAGUAUUGGGGCACAGUUUCCCUGACCUGCAGAGGAAAGAGCCUUUAUUCAGUACAGGUUCAGCCAAUGGUAGCUGAAGUGAGGGUGGGCUAUGCUGAGCUAUUGUGUCCCCCUCCCAAGAACAAUCCACUAUUUUAAGCCCUUUGCUGUCAAGAAAUAAGGUCACUGCAAGGGCAGGAGAAACAGCAGUGUGAGUUUGCCCAGCAGCAGGAAUUACCUGCUAAACAUGCCUGUGGGUGCAUGCACACCCUGGUUGCUGUGUCUCUACAUGAGGUAAGGGAUCCCUGCACGGGGGAAAGCAUGGGGGCAUUCGUGCAGGGUGGCCGCAUCUCCACACUAGCUAAGGGCUCUUUGUAUAAUCAGCCUUGUGCCCUACUCCAGGGGUAGCUGCAUCUCUCUGCUGGGUGAAAAAUCUCUCCAGCAAUAGCCCAGCAGUUGCACCCCAGAGGUGGCUGCAUCUCAGCACUGAGCCAGGGCUCCCUGUAUAAACAGCCUGCCAAAGGUGGUGAGAUGAAAGGCUUUGAAAAAUGGAAAAUCUUGCUGUGAAAGUGUCCAAAUGAGGUUAUUUCUCAGCAGAGCUGGGCUAUGUGAAGCUAUGCUGUUCAAUCCUUUACUACAAGAAAUUCCUAUGGCCUUUUUGAAAAGUUCUGGUAGGGCUAUGGAUUGCACCUGGCCUUUGAAAUCAGGCUGUGGUAGCCCUAGGGCUAGGGACGUGCCUUUUGAUGUUCCAUGGAAGCUGGUGCCUGUCUGGCUGAGUUCUAAGCUUCUGAAAAUGCCCCAUUUUCCUCCCCUAUCAUUGCUUGAUCCAUCAGGAUUUUGGCAGCAAGACAAGGACUGUCAGCAUUCACCAGCCCUGGCUGUGGCCUCUGUGGCAUCUCACCUCUGCACCUGGCUGGAAUGCAGCUACAAUGGAUCAUCUUCAGAGUAUUUUUGGGCCCAGGAGAAUGGGUGCUGGGCUGGGAACCUGCUAUAUUAGAGUUGUUUAUUGGUUGCUGUUAAUUCUGUGCGCUUCUCAGCCCCUGGUUCAGCAUGGAGGGAUCGGGUACUAUCCCUUUAAACACCUGGGAGCAGGCCACUGACAGCAAUUCUGGGCCUCAGGGCUUCUACCUACAUGCCUGGUUGCCUUCGCCACCAUCUGUACCACCCUGUGGCCUGCCUGGACAAUUUAAAAGGGCCUGGGGCUCCUGGGCCCUUUUAAAUCAUACAGGGCCCUGGGCUUUUGCCCCCCUCCCGCAGCUCUGCCUGAGAGUCCUGUCCUCAUGCUGGCCUUAUUCUGUUACAGACCCUGGCCAGACCAGCCGUGUGGCUGGAGCUAAGCCUGGCAUGUCAUGUGUAGUUAGUAAACAGGGCUGUCUGAAUCCAUGGUUCCUUCCUGUUACGCAGUUUGUGCAAAGAGCAAGAAUCACAGAUAUUUGUUAUUAAGGAUCCACUGUGAGGUUACACAGCCUGCAAACAGUCCCCAGCCUGCACUCCAUGCCCAUCAGAGCACCCCUCUACCAGCUUUUUGCAUUGCAACCCCCAGCACUGUGCUGGGGCAUCAAAGCUAGCAGAGACUGCACUGAGCAACCCCCUGGGCCAUGCUCCCUCCAGUACAGCGCCCCCUGGAGCCAGCACUGACUUUAAGGGGAGAGUGCCCCCUCCUGAAUCCCUGCCCUUCUCCCUGCAGUACAGUGUCCUCUAGCUCCUUACUGAGCAUUGGGGUCAGCACUGACUGGGAAGAGAGGGGUGGUGCAAUUUGCUAUGCUAGAGGCUAGUCGCAGGGGAUAACAACCUUCUCUUGCUGCUGGUUCAAGUGGUAGCAGGCUGGGUGACAAUGCUGAAGGGACUGGGAGAGCAGAAAUCCUGUGGAGGGCACACAAUUGAACAGUUUAGGGUUGCACAUGAUAAUUUUUUUUUCUUUCAAAAAUAAAAACUUAGGAAACUGCCUCCGCCCCCCCCCAUUAAAGGCAUAUGAGCUUGGCUGGAAACAUAA